UACAAAUCGUUGUCCUUUGCUCACACUCCUUGUGUAAACACGGGCGCCGAUCACAAUAAAGCAUAGUUACGCCGCCCGUGUUUCGCUUGUCAUUUUAUGUUCUCUCUGUGCGAGACGUACUUUUGCUAUAAAAAAGUAUUUUCAUUUUAAAAAAAUUGCCCAUGUAAACAAUUGUAGACGAAAAAUCUGCCGGCAGUGAGUCGCUUUCGAUCGAGACAAUGAUAUUCCCAAUCCCACUCACCCCGUGCGGCUACGUGAGCAGCGAGCAUCUGGAGUUCAGCCACUUUCUUCGCAUAGAAGUGAAGAUCCCCAACUGGCUGUCCAGCGAGCGGUCGGUGCAAAUCGACAUUCCCGUUCAAAUCAUGACCCACAGCUUGCUUGGCGCUACUCGCGUGAUGAACAGGCAGGCGUCGCUGAACAAUCUGGAGCAGGCAUACCAGGACAACGACAGUGUCAGCACGUUUUCUAGCAGGAGCAACACUGGCGCUCGGCCAGAGUCACGCCAGUCCUCGGAAAGAACAUCCAUGUCCCUCGACUCAUGCGCGGCUAUCGUCAACUCGCUGCCCCCGAGGUACUAUGACGUACUCCCAGCACAGAGGGCCGCGCCUAUUUUGCAGGUGCUCAACCAGGUCAACGCUUCAACGCUCUCUCAUGAUAGCCAGUCAAACACAGAGCAGGCAAGUAGUCGGCGCCCGUCCAGGCAAUCGCAGAGCACCCGCCAUACAACCAUGUCCAGCCUGCACAGCCUCGAGACCCGAACCAUCGCCUCCUCUCUCAACGCAGGCGACGAUGCCAACGACGACGGCGCCCGUCCAGUGGGACAGGCCCCAAGUCUUCCGGUACUUCCUCCCCCACUACCCCUGGCACCCAUGCCCACGUCGAUUGUUGCCGACGAGAUCUCAAACACAGUCAUCAUGUCGGCAUCGGGAAACAUGGUGUCCCUGGGCGGGGCCAAACCGCGCCCGCCAAUGAUGUCUCCAAGCGUGACCAGCGACUCUUCAGUCAUUAGCGACAUGGCCACCCUGAGGAUUUCUGCAACUAGUCCAACUACCACACCGGUGACUGCCGACGGCGGAAUACCCAUGUUGGCUAGCAAGCAGCGUCAGAACUCGGCACCCUCAAUCAGCCACCCGCCGCAGUCGCCCAUGACAACAUACGCCAGCGACCCCAUUUUGGAUGCUUCGAGUGAUGAGGACGCCGGAUACUUCAAGUCGUCGAUGCUGAACAAGGGGCUGGACCGCGAAAAGCCAACCGACCGCGGUCUUUUCCGCAUGCGCAAGAAUUCUACAAUAAAGCAGUCGCGCUGAUGAUGCAGUGGGGCUUGGUCCUACAGGGCUUUCAAAGUUUUAUUAAUACUAAAUUUUAGAUGCUUUGCCACUAAAUGCAGGUGCGAGCCACGCAAAAAAAAGUCGCCUGGACUA